GCUUUGAAUAUAUGUCGGUAUGUACAAAUAGCAUACAAUCGAAAUGUAUACCAAGUCCAUAUGAAAAUAUUGAUCUUGACUCAAUUGGGUAUCUAUUUAGUACCAUUAGUUGGUUUUAUUGUCGAAUUUCUUUUUGGUUGGACUAAGAUAGAAGAGCUUAUUGAAGAUAAUUGUGACGUAUUUUAUACAAAUAUCUAUAUUCAAGUAUUUAAUACAAUUUUCGGAUAUGCAUUACCAAUGCUUCUGAACGUAUUGGUGAUUUUUGCUAGUGUUCGUCGUGUUCAUUUAACAUCAACUUUACAACCGGCACAACAUUAUGUUUCCGCUCGUGAAAAAUAUCAUCGUUCAUUAGUCAUCCAGUUUCUUUGUUUUUAUCUCAUUUGGGGUACACUUUGGUCACCAUAUGUUAUUAUGUCUCAAAUAUCAUUUAGUAAAGAGUAUGCGAUGUAUACUGUUUUGCUACUCAGUUUUAUUCAAAUAGCAUUUGAUCCAAUAAUUAUUGCAGCUUUAGAUGUUCGUUUUUGGCAUGAAUGGAAAAAAAUCUGGGUUCCUAUAUAUAAUACUAUAUUCUUCAAUCGAGCAAAUCGUAGACGAAUUCAACCUUUAACAGUGAAUCCCAAUUAA